AUGCUCUUCAUAGUACUCACCGCUUGCAUUUGCUCGUGCCUCAGUCAGAGUAUAAAUGCUCAGUGCAUCAGCGCCUAUAAUGGUCUAGCAGCUGAUAACAUGGCUUGGCAAGCAGGAAAUGCGUUAGCUUGGGAAGCUACUUCUGCACCCUGGAACCCUUCUUGCGCUGGCCCUUCAGCUUAUUCUGGUCUUAAUUACGCUCUAAACGAAUUUGGUGCUGGAUAUUCUCCAUCAAGUCUCGCUGCUUCUUACGGCGGAGGUCUUGCAGUAACCAGUGCUUCUCCAAUCUCACCUACAGGAGUUUCUAUGACGUCUGAGAAUGCGUACGAAGGACCUUUAUCUGUUGCUGGUACUAUGCCAUUCUUGGGUGCUGUUGCUUUAGAAGGAUCUCUGCCGACUGGUGGUGCUGGCGCUGUGUCUUAUUCCUGUGGUAAUGGAAACGUGGCUAUGAUCAAUGAAGACUAUGCUGGUUACAGCAUGGGUCCUCUCGGUUACGGAGCUGCUGUUAAUGGUCCAGCUUAUGGUUAUAAUGGUUUUGGUCCAGCAGCUUAUGAAGGCUAUAACGGACUGUCUUCCCAAUUAGCUGUUGAAGCUGGACUCGCUGGACCUAACUAUGGUUAUAAUCUGAACAACGCUCGUUUGGGAGGUUGCGGUUGUGGUGCUGUCUACUAA